AUCAACCCUUCGAGUGAAUGCUGGAGGGUUAUGGUUCGUGUGGUGAGACUCUAUACGUUACCCACGUUUGGUGAUGAGAGAACAACAAACUCGAUUGAGAUGGUCUUCAUGGAUGAACAUGGAAGUACAAUUCAUGCAACGGUUCGAAGAAGUUUGGUUGGAACAUUUGGGAAUC